AAAGCUUCACGACUUUCACGAGACAACAACCAGAGGAAGAAAACAAAAACAACCAGAGGGCAGAGGGGACAGGGAGUGAGAGAGAGGGGAGCAUUCAUUCGAAAUCCCUCGCCUCUCUCUCAUCUCGGCCGCCGCCUCCUCACCUCGCCAGCCAUCCGCCGCCAAGCGGGCGAGAUCAGGGCGGCCGAGCAGACCCAUUCCGCAUUUCCGUCCCCUCUUCCGCCGAGCAGGAUAUAUAAUUCCAAGACCCUGAUGAUGGCUACAGCUGGUUAUAUUGAUGAUUCCUGUUCUGAGGUUAUUGAUCCCCCAAAGACUGAGGUACUAGACGUUACGGAACUCGCUGGCGACCAUAUUCAGCAUCCACCAAAACCGAAUGUGGUGGUGUCUAGCAGUGUGCGUGAACUUCUGGAAUGUCCAGUCUGCUUGAGUGCCAUGUAUCCUCCUAUUCAUCAGUGCUCCAAUGGUCAUACAUUGUGCUCUGGAUGCAAACCAAGGGUUCAUAAUCGCUGUCCAACAUGUAGGCAUGAAUUGGGUAACAUAAGAUGCCUUGCUCUCGAGAAGGUGGCUGCAUCUCUUGAACUUCCAUGCAAGUACCAGACCUUUGGGUGCUCAGGCAUAUAUCCUUACUACAGCAAACUGAAGCAUGAGUCACAGUGCCAAUAUAGGCCCUAUAGUUGUCCAUAUGCUGGAUCUGAAUGCACGGUUGCUGGUGACAUUCCAUACUUGGUAAAUCACUUGAAAGAUGACCACAAAGUUGACAUGCACAAUGGCUGCACCUUCAACCAUCGUUAUGUCAAGCCAAACCCUCAUGAAGUUGAAAAUGCCACCUGGAUGCUUACGGUGUUUAGCUGCUUUGGCCAAUACUUCUGCUUACACUUUGAAGCCUUUCAGCUGGGCAUGGCACCUGUCUACAUUGCCUUCCUGAGGUUCAUGGGAGACGACGUGGAAGCGAAGAACUACAGCUACAGCCUGGAGGUGGGAGGCACUGGGCGCAAGAUGAUCUGGCAAGGAGUGCCCCGUAGCAUCAGAGACAGCCAUCGGAAGGUCCGUGACAGCUAUGAUGGGCUGAUCAUCCAGCGGAACAUGGCCCUGUUUUUCUCAGGCGGUGACAGGAAGGAGCUCAAGCUGCGGGUCACCGGGAGAAUCUGGAAGGAGCAGUAGGAUAAUCAGGAGCCCACCCUCCUCGUGCUGUACUGACCUCUUGAGGUCAUGAAUCACAUUAGCAAGAGCUGUAGCCGCGUGCAGGAACUGACAAUUCGUAAUUUUUUUAGCCUGCUCUAGUUUGCUAUUUGUCUUCUGGCUUCUGUAGCCUCCUGGUUCUGGUGGAUGUAGCUCAUCUCAUGUAAACCAGCACGGUACUGAUGUAGAAUUCGUAGAGAUCUCUUCAGCUUGAACUGUCUAGGAGCUGCCAUUCUGUGGUAUAGGAGAAUCUAAUGGCAACUCAUGAGAUGCGAAUGAUAUAUGCUAGAGAAUUAAGUAUUGUGAAAUGC